AUGGACGAGAGCCACGGCUCUCUGAGACAGAAAAUGAAAUGCAUUCACAAAGUCUUGAUUCUACCUUACAUCAAUCAACGACUUCCAACGCCACCUCCCACAGCCAAUACCUCAAUCUACGUCAUCACCUAUACAGUCGAUGCCAGAGACGUAUUCGAAUGUCGGAAUGUCUCCCUCAGAAUGAAGAACGGCGGCGAAUCGUCACAAUCUCACUACUCGCGCUCGCUCAUUGUGACUGGCGGAAUCCCCACGGGCCCUCCUGUAGACCUCUCCGUCGUAGCCACAGUUGUGGCCGCAAACCAGCAAAUCCUCCUCCAGAACGAGGGCCUUGAUGGUGGGUUCGAUCUGGCAUACCAAGCCACAGGCAUCGACAAACCUCCUCGUAUGUAUUUCCGGAUUCCAAGAAAGCGCUCGAGGACGUUCUCGGUCCGGUCGCAGCCAUGA